AUAACAUUGAUGUCAAGAACCUUUUAGACGAACUUGAAUUCAAAGAUGAAGGAAACUUCGAGCAAGGAAAGAAAAAGGACGUUUUACUGUAGCGUAGCCUUGGAACUUUACCUCUUAUAAUCAUUCAAGUAGCACAUUGGUGAAUUUUCGCGACAAUGUUUCCUACAGCAGGGUAUUUCCGGAGUACAAACUGUCCAUUCUUUGUUCACGGUCUGUGCCACAGACCGUAUUGCCAUUUUCGUCACAGUAAACCCGGGCUCAAGGCUUCAAAGAGCAGAACUUCACCUCAUAAGAAUAAUAUUGAACUACAAUCCAACAAUGUUAAGACUACAACACCCAGUCCAGAUGUAUCUGAUGGAGAUAAACAGCAGGCUGACAUUAGAACAACUCCACCAGAAGCAACAAAAAGGAAGGUAGAAACAGUGGACAAUACAAGUCCUGAAAUUGAAAAUAAAUUUACCACACAAACAAACACAGCUUCUAAAAGGGGCAUUCUGAAUAGAGGUGAUGAAGAGCAGAAUAUUCAGGAUGAUCAACUUUUUAGUGUCAAAGAAUCUUUGCCCAAGACCAGCUUGGAUGUAACUGAACCUGUGACUAGCUCACAUAUGGUCAGCCCCAGUGAUGAGGGCAUGGAAAUGUCUGAAUGGGAUCGGAAUGAUUGUGAACAACCUAUUGCUUCUCUGACUGAUGAGGAGAUUAAAAUCAUUGGGUUGACCACAGUUUCUUUACCUGGUUGCAGUCAAACUGCUGUUAAAAGUACCAAUUUAGGACAAAAUUCAACUUCAAAUGCUUCUAGUUGCAUUGUUUCUCAAAGUAAUUCCCCAGUUGUGGGAGGAUUUUUUGAGAAUGACACUGAAGGAGAAGGCCAAAUGAAGGGUAACUUGAUUGAUGUUAAUGUUACUGAAACUUACAUUGCUAAGGAGGCAAGAAUUGCUCAAAUCAAGGCUGACAGUUUAGCGAAGAGACUUAAAUCCAAAGCUGUGAAGGAGAAAAAUGAUUCAUCAUUGGUUUUGGAAAGUAACUAUAUAGAGAAGAAACAGGAACUCACUGGAGGGAAAGAAAAAUAUGACGUGACUCAGGAAAAGCCACAAAGACGAAAAUCUGUUCAGCUUCAAAUAUCUGUUGAAGGAGAUGAAGACAUGAAAGAGUCUUUGGAUAUACCUGCAAAGAAAAGAAAAUCCCAGCAGUUGCCAUGUGCAACUAGCUCUUCACUUCACUCUUCUGCACUAAAGAGCGAGGAUAGUAACAAGGCUAUGAAAAGGAAAGAUAGCAUUUCCAAACAGGAAUAUAAACUACAUGAGUUGUUUUUGUCUGCAUCAAAGUCACUGGAACACACCAUUCACUCUAGUAAAUCACCUAUGGAUAAUGAUUCUAAAGACAUAAAAAAAGGCAAAGCAAAUGCAUCAAAAAGAAAACUAAGCCUUGCAGAGACUGAAAUAAAUUUCUUUGGUCCUUCUAAAAGGCAAAACAAAACCGAGAAAAUGGAAAAGCAGAAGAAAGUUAAGGAGGAAAUAGCUGCUGUUAAAACUUUGAAACCCAAAAAAUUAGAAAACAGAGGAUUGGAAAAGAAGAACAAUUUUCAGAAAACCAAACUUCAGACAAGUGCCAAAGGUUUAACUAUGUCAAGUGAAGAUAGUGAUUACAUGUGCAGCCCUGCAGGAGGUGACUCAAGCCAUGAGGAGAAUGAUUCACUGAGAAGGAUUUGGAAUAACUUUGAACUGCCACAAGACAACCUUGUGAUAGAGAAGGAUUCACAAUCACCUGUUAAAAAACAGGCACAAGAAUCAACAAGGAAGAGAACAUUGUCCUCUGUGUCUAACGACUCUGAUGUGAUUAAACAACCAUCUAUGGCUGAUGCAUUAGGACUUGGGAAGAAACAGCGAGUGGCACAUAUGCCCAGUCAUCUACCUAGGAGAUUAUCAUCAAAUGCAAAUCCUGUACGAAGGUACCCUAAGUCUUUAACAGCCAUACAAAGGAAAGAGGAGUCUGAGGCACCUUCAACGUCGGGAUCUCCUGUGAAGGAGGCAGAGGGUUACAAGCCUGCCAAACAGAGGGUGGCUCAUGUAUUAAAGAAUAACUCCCCUGCAGGAUCACUGCCGAGACCUAGGAUCCCUGUGGAGUAUGGUGCUAAGGUGCCGCAAAGUCAACGUCAGAGAUACCUAGACAGAAUAGUUGAUGAAUACCUUAGAAUUUGUAGCAGUGAGAAAGAAGCAUUUGAAAAGGCUGUUGAAGAAGAAAAAACUCUGUAUGAAAGGAGCACCAGAAGGCAAGUUUAUUUGAAUCUUUGUGUGAAUGCUAUCAAGAAACUUCGAGGUAUAACACAACUGGAAUCACCUUCUCCUGUUAAAAGUGAGACUACAACAAAAGUGUUGGUUACUAAGACACUGUCUUCAGGGGCAGUUGUUGUUAGUACCAAGAGCCCUGCGAAACAACAACCAGCUGUUCCACAAAUAGAUCCAUUUACAGAGGAGUUGAUGUAUGAUUUCCUGUCUAAGUAUCUGAUGAGUGAAGAUGACCUAGUGCAGAAUGGUUACCCACGUCCCUGUCCAACAGCGCCCGGAAGAGCUAUUUUUAAAACUAAAAAGGAGCCAUCUAAAGAUUCUACACGUAGGACUUGCUGUCGUUGUGGCAAGCCUUUUGUUGUUCUUGAAGACGGAGUGUAUCUAACAAGAGAAGAAUGUGUGUAUCAUGCUGGGAAAUUAUUUCGAAGAAGAGGGGAACCAAUUACAAAUUAUUCUUGUUGUCAAGGAGAUGCUGGUAGCCCUGGGUGCUGUGUUGGAAAGGUUCAUGUGAGUGACAAUGUGAAUAACACAGAAGGCUUUAUGACUACCAUAGUGAGUCCGCUGGUAGAAAAACGAAAGAAAAUAUUUUCCAUGGACUGUGAAAUGUGUUACACCACUUCAGGGCUGGAGCUGACCCGCAUCACUGUGAUAAACUGGAAUUUGGAGCGAGUCUAUGACACAUUUGUCAUUCCAGAAAGAACCAUUGUUGAUUACAAUACAAG